GACAUGAUUUGACAAAUUUAUUUGUUCACCGCAUCCCGUAUCUCGGUUUUUAUUGAAUUGAGACUCAUUUAUUUUUAUUUUCAUAAAGCUAACAAAAGUAAUUAGACUUAACGAUGGCUAUACCAGAUUAUAAGUUAAGUGCAAUUUUAAAUGGACACUCUAUGGAUGUUAGAUGCGUUACAACUACCCAGGAAAAUUGUAUUUUGUCCGCGUCUCGAGAUCGCACCGCUAAACUUUGGCAUCCUGAAGGGGUAAAGGACUUCGCCAAUGUAGUAACUUACAAGGGCCAUAAGAAUUUUGUAUCAUGCGUUUGUUGGAUUCCCCCUUGUGAAGCCUAUCAUGAAGGCUUGGUUGUUACUGGCAGUAAUGACAACACCAUACUAGGAUACAGUCUGCAGGAUGCUAUGAUACAGAUACAUUUAGAAGGCCAUGAGAAUGCAGUGUGCAGUGUGGCAGCUGGAAGAGAUUCUGGGGUGCUAUUAAGUUCAAGCUGGGACAGUACAGCCAAAGUUUGGAAUCUCAACAAUCCAAACUCAGUACCGUUGACCAUAAAGGGACACCAGGCAGCAGUGUGGGCCAUUGUAGAACUCUGUAAUGGUACUUAUGCCACAGCCUCUGCUGAUAAAACUAUAAAGCUCUGGAAGAAAGAUGGCAGUCUUAUAAGUACACUUACCGGUCACACAGACUGCGUGAGGGGUCUCGUGGUGGCUAGCCCGGAGACUUUCUUGAGCUGCUCCAAUGAUGCUUCCAUCCGACUGUGGACUAAUGCUGGACAGUGCCUUAAUACUUAUUACGGACAUUCUAAUUAUAUUUAUGGUAUCAGUAUAAACCCAGCCCUCCAAUCUGGAUUCGCGACGUGCGGUGAAGACGGCAGCGUUAGAUUGUGGUCUGCUGGAGACUGCAUUGCGGAUAUCAGAUUGCCGGUACAUUCUGUGUGGUCGGUCACAUGUUUGGAUAAUGGAGAUGUUGUCACUGGCUCCAGCGACGGUCUAGUGCGGGUGUUCACGGCGGACCCGGUGCGGUUCGCGGACGAGGCGGCGCUCAAGGUGUUCGAGGAAGAUGUCGCCAAGAUGCAGGCCGCUUCUCAACAGGAGAUCGGAGGCUUCAAGCUGUCUGAGAUCCCCGGUCCCGAAGUCCUCCUCGAGCCGGGCAAGACAGACGGACAGACCAAAAUGGUCAGGCGGGGCACCAACGUCAAGUGUUACUCUUGGAACGCCGCCAACAACACGUGGGACGAGAUCGGUGACGUCAUGGGAGCCAAUCCCGCCAGCGAGGGGAAGACAAUGUACCAGGGGAAGGAAUACGACUUCGUGUUCAGCGUGGACAUCAAAGAUGGCGCGCCGGCCAUCAAACUGCCGUUCAACAAGAAUGAAGACCCGUGGGUCGCCGCGCAAGCCUUCAUACAUAAACACGAUCUACCUCAAGUAUAUUUGGAGCAAGUCGCCAAUUUUAUUAUAACAAAUGCAAAGUUGGAUUCGUUGCCGCCACCUUCUAAUAAUGGGUUCGCGGACCCGUUCACCGGCGAGUCGCGCUACGUGCCGGGGUCGACAGCGCCGCGCGCGGCCGGCCUGCCGCCGCCGUCGCGCGCCGACCCGUUCACGGGCGCCGCCGCCUACACCACGGCGGCGCACGGCGCGGACGCCGGGAGGCCGCUCAUACCGCACGAUGCAUAUAUCAGAUUCGACCAAGCAAAUCUGAAAGCGAUAUACGAAAAGUUAAAAGAGUUUAACAGCAAAAUAGGAGACGGACUGAGCGCAAUGACUGAUCAGCAACUAGAAAACAUUGUCAAGUUAGGAGAAUUAAAUAGCACUUGUAAUACAGAAACAAUACUUCUGUUGAAGAAAAUGUUAGAAUGGCCAAAAGAAAUAUUAUUUCCCGUGUUGGACGUCACUAGGCUAGCGGUUAGGAACAAAGAAGUCAAUGCUCAAAUAUUCGACACCACAUACGGCCCUACGUUUGUCAAAUAUCUUUUAUCGUUAUUGGCUCCAGACAAUCUAGCACCCAACCAGAUGUUGGCCAUGAGGGUGUUGGUGAACGCGUUCUGCGACCUCCCCGGGGAGAUGUUGGUGUUGGCUGCGAGGGAGUCCGUGCUUCACUCCCUGCUGUGUCUCACACAACUCAGCGCUAACGCUCAGAUAGCGGCGACAUCUCUCCUGCUGAACCUGUCAGUGGCGCUCGCGCAGCAGGCGGACAGUGUGGACGCGGCCGACUGUCUGGUGCAGCUGCUGGCCAGGAUACAGGACAACGAGGCUUACUUCCGAGGUCUAGUCGGUCUGGGCACGUUACUAGCAGAGUCCCCGGACAGAAUUCAAAUACAGAGUAAGAUAGUGAGCAACACUCAACUCCACAACAGACUGAAAAGAGAUAGCGGCUCGUCGGCCACGGACGCCAAUCUCAAGAAAAUAGCCACUUGUUCCGCGCAAAUAUUAGCAUUGUUAUGAAUGUAGGUUAGUUUUUAGUCGGCUGGGGAACUGAAAUAAAAUAUUAUACAUGUAAUUCAUUUUUUAAAGGUACUGAAAUAAAGGUAAAGUUAUUGUUUAAUUAAAAUAUAAAAAUUAUGGUUACAAGUAAUUUAUCAUGACAUCUUUUAUUUCAUUUAGCUUUAAAUCAAUUUUUAAAUGUAUUUUUCAUCAAAAAGAUUGUUUACCAUUAUUUCAGUACCAAGAGAAUUUUACUAUACUUAAAAAUCACGCCUCUUUUUCCGAGGGGUAAGCUGAGACUGUUUUGCCACUUGCCACGAUUUCUAAAUUCUUUUGUUUCAUCCACAUUCAUCAAUCUUUUCAUGCAAGUUAGUCGGUGUACGAAAAUGUGUUUUAAGAAAAAUUUUACUAUUGGUAAAUGCUGCUUGGCGACAGAUUCCAUUAAUCCUCCAAAAGUGUCUCUCCAAAGUUAUGGUCUCUUACUACACCCAGCACAGCAUAUCAUAUCUUUCCCAUGGAUGUCGUAAAAGGCGGCUAAGGGAUAGGCUUAUAAACUUUGGAUUCCUCUUGUAGGCGAUGGGCUAGCAAUCUGUCACUUGAAAUGGCAUGCCAUACAAUAUACACGUUCAAUUGCAACGCCUAACAGUCUUUUAGUAGUUAUAUUCUCUUUUAUAUUUUCGAGAUUGUUUGCCCUGUCUACCCCGCGAGGGAUAUUGGUAAUUCAUUUUUUAGAAUCUAGACCUCGUGCAAAUCAGAUAAAAUGUAGACUUUGUGUCAGAAAACCGUAUUUCUUUUAUAGGAACUGCACGAAAUAUAGAAACAUCUGAGGUUAUGUAAGUGGUCACCAUCUCAUCACUACAACAAUAAAUACUUAUCUAAAAAGUAUUUCAUCAUUGCGGUAUAACUUUUUUUUACCGAUAUUUAUUUUCAGUUCUGAAUAUCUUGAACUUGUUAAUUUUUGUCUAUUGCAUUCGAUUGACGCUUACUUAUCUGUGGACUGUUGAGCGUAGCAUCUUUUAUUUUGAUUGUAUAUAAUUAAUGACCGAAUACUCAAUUUUAACUAAAAUGCAAUGCAUUUUAUGGCCUUAUAAAGGCGAAUGAAAUUUGGUAACUGUCGAAUACAAUGAAGACUGGAUUGGAUUCCACAGAUUAAUAUAAAGAAAAUGCUUUUUGUAAUAAAAAUAAUUUAAUAUAAUGUAAUAUGUUACAUGAAUAAUACAUAUUUUACAAUUGCUUGCUACCAAUGAUUAAACAUUGUCAACGAUUUAAUAGCAACAAUAAAUUGUAAUAUUUAAAAGAUCUAUGUUUAUUUUCUUAUCACAUUUUUCUCAGAAGCAUUCGUCGUUAUUGUCAAUGGCGCUAACAAUCCAGUGGUUUUUUUUUAUUAUUUUUGAACUUAUAAUUUUCUUAAAUAGCAAAAUUACAGGAUAAUGAUGUUAGAAUAAGACGCAUUUGUCUAAUUUAAACAAUCUGAAACUUUUGUUUUAAAAAAGUAAUUGUUAGUGCCAUGGCCAAAAUUUUGUGACAAAUAUUUUAAACCUACAUCUUCCACCCACUUCAUUCCUGCUCAUGGUAAAAAAAAACUCGUCUAUAUUAUACUAUAACUAAAUUUAACAUUUGGAAUAUAAAAACAUUAUGAUAUAAAACAGAUUAG